AGGGAAAGCACUCUGGACGUCUUCAAGUGCAGUAUGUUGGGUCUCCUGUGAAAGAAAGAUUAUUUUUUAUGCGUCUACAAGUAAAACGCACGAGCAGAGACUGUAACCUUCAAGCAAAGGAGCGACACAGAACACUUUUUUUCCAUUAGGAUCUGGAUGUGUUUUUAGACUAUCUCAAGGCGGGGGAGAUAUGUCGAUGCUUCCAACUUUUGGGUUUACUCAAGAGCAAGUGGCGUGUGUGUGCGAAGUCCUCCAGCAAGGAGGUAACAUCGAGCGGCUCGGCCGCUUCCUGUGGUCACUACCUGCCUGUGAACAUCUGCAUAAAAACGAGAGCGUCCUCAAAGCCAAGGCCGUGGUGUCUUUCCACCGGGGCAACUUCCGCGAACUUUACAAGAUUCUGGAGAGCCACCAGUUCUCUCCGCACAAUCACCCGAAGCUGCAGCAGUUGUGGCUAAAGGCUCACUACAUCGAAGCCGAAAAGCUGCGGGGGCGGCCGCUAGGGGCCGUAGGCAAGUACCGCGUCCGGCGCAAGUUCCCGCUGCCGCGCUCUAUUUGGGACGGCGAGGAGACCAGCUACUGCUUCAAGGAGAAGUCACGCAGCGUCCUGCGAGAAUGGUAUGCUCACAACCCGUAUCCUUCGCCCCGGGAGAAGAGGGAGUUGGCCGAGGCCACCGGCCUCACCACCACCCAGGUCAGCAACUGGUUCAAGAACAGGCGACAGAGGGACCGAGCCGCCGAAGCCAAGGAAAGGUACGAAGAAAACAACGAGAACUCCAAUUCCAACGUUACGGCCGGUGGCCACAACCAAAUGAAUCAUUCGAUGAAUGGGAACAAAAAUAUGUUAGCGAGCUCAGACGAGGAAAAGACUCCGUCUCAAACCCCGGAUCACACUUCGAGCAGCCCGGCGCUACUCUUAGGAUCCCUGGGCCAGAGCUCCAACACUAGCCUGCAGCCUCUACACACUCUGGCCGCGCCUCCAGGUCCUAGCGCCGUUGCGGUACCCAAUUCAGAUGUUAUACACCACCAUGCAUUACAGGACUCCAUGCUCAACCCAAUGUCAUCCAACUUAGUUGACCUUGGCUCGUAAAAAAAGAACAAUUUCCUUUUACCUGCGAAUAAUUAAAGACACUCUCAAGAUUAUCCUUUAUAUAUUUUACCUGACAGUUAAGCGAUGUACAUAAAAAAAACGUUAGUGGAUAUUUUGUCAACCAUGGGAAGGAAAGAUGGAUAUAGCUAUUCGAGUUAUAAGGUACUGUAUUAGAUCACAUAAGAGAUUGAUGUAGCAAAGUCUUAAGGUUUUAUAUAACGGAGGAUGUCUUUGUUUAGACAGACAAGUUAAUAUUUUACUGGUCACAAAAUCACAAUCUCGGAAGUAUUGCUCUCAAUUAAAAUUACACUACAGCACAUACAGUCACAUGCACACAAAUAUAUAUAUACAGGUUACAAGAGUGAGUAGAUUUGUAAUCGCGUGCAUAAUGAGCAUUUUAAGUUUUGAUAAAAUAUGCUAAAAAGAAUUAAAAACACGCUAUAGGAAGAUCAUUUACAUGUAGAUGAAAACUGUACAGAAAGCUGGCUUUCCUGUAGUAGAAUGCGUGGAACGUGUAAUCGCAGCUAUAUUGAACUGAAAACAAUCCGUAAACAUAUAAUGUCAUUUCAUCUAGCAUUAAAAAAUAUCUCAGUCAACAAGAA